GGGAAUCCUGGAUCAAUCCAACGGAGGAAACCUGCAGUGUUGUUGACUGCACAGUUUAAGAGACUACGGUAAAUCCAGAUCCCUUCUUCUUCUUCUUCUUUUGUUCAUUCUUAUCAUCGUAACUUGUUUCUUCAGAUUCUCGUAAACAAAAAACCCUUCUGAAGAACAAAAGUUGUUACUGUGUGCAAAAAAAAAAAAAUGGCUCACUCAUUAAUAAAAAAUUCCAUUAAAUCAAUAAACCCUAAAUUUCUCUCCACACUCUCAUGUCACCAGAUCGUCCGACAUUUGAGCUCCGCGGCCGCCGCCGCCGAAGAGCAGUCAUCGUCCUUCACAUUCUCAUCGGAGGGAGACAGCAUCCAGAUGAAAACACCGGCGAAGACAAGGAAGAAACCGUCGUCUUCGGUGACGAUGCCGAUGUCGUUCAUGACAGGAGCUAUUGUUGGGAAACGGUUUUAUAAAGACGUGAAGACGAGAGAAGCAGAUGAUGGUAAUGGUUGGACUGUUAUGCUUGAUUAUAGAACUUUGAAGACUCCUGCUAAGAGGCCACUUAAGCUUCCUACUCUUUCUCUUGCUAAGGCCAUUGCUGCUGAAUGGGAAUAUCAACAAAUAGAUGGCAUAAGACCCUUCACAAUGCCUCUUAUGAGACUUGCUUGCACUGCCAUGGAAAGAGUUCCUGUAACAAGGCCCAAAAUUAUUGAGAAUUUGGUGAAGAAAUUUAAUCAAGAUUUAGUAUUUUGCCGUGCUCCUGAUGACGAUGAACUGACAAGUUUAGUACGUGAUCGCCAAAUUGAGAAAAUUGAUCCUAUGCUACGCUGGUUGGAGUCCGAAUUUGGAUUUAAGCCUGUUGUUUACUCCAGCUUUUUCGGUGGAAAGCAAGAAGAUGGUCUUGUAAUGGCUAUAGAGAACCGUCUAAAGAAAACAGAUGACUGUGAAUUGGCCGCAAUUGACGCUAUUGCCGCAUCAGCACAGUCUUUAACUAUUGCCAUUGCAUUGGUUCAGGGGAAAUUGCAAAUUGAGGAAGCAAUUGAGCUUAUUAGACUUGAAGAAGAUUUACAGGUGGACAGGUGGGGCCUUGUUGAAGGUGGUCAUGAUAUCGAUAUUGCUGAUACUAGAGUACAGAUUUCGGCACCAGUAGUAUUUCUUGGUUUAUCAAGAAAUAUAUAAUUUCAACAUUUUGUUUUGUUUUUAAUCAUCCUAAGUUAUUGCUAUCAGAAUGAGAUGGUCCAUGUCAUAUCCACAACUUUAUUAUAUACCUGGGGCUUGUUUUAUAGAUGAGUUUUGUUCUUGUUAUUAUUUUGUUGAUGAGUUAUAAGUUAUAACAAUAAUUUAAACAUGGCUUUAUUGAAGCCUGAUUACUGAUUAGAGGAAGAUUAGACACUUCAAAGAGUAGUUAUGUUGUAUCUUAGGGGUGCUUAACAUGAAUUUGUGGGUACACUUUGAAUAAAUAGCAACUGUAUUACUAUUA